AUGUUUCGAGUGGGGUCCGGAGGACUGAUACGAGCUUCAGAUGAGAACUGUGAGCGGUUGAAGGGGCUCAUCGAGCGUUCUGUAGAACAGAAUAACUUGGAGACUGCGGAGUUCCUGGCGGAGCUGCUGUGCAGCGAAACGGGACGGCUGGCUCGAGGAGCGCGCGAGCGUUUAGAGGCUGCGUACCAAUACGGACUGGUUCUGUACUUGCGUGGUGACUUUAAAAGCGCCCAGGAUGUUGUGCGGCCGUUCAAGUGCGAAAGCAUGCUGUGCGCGUACGUUUUGGCGCGAUGUGCGUUGAAGCUAGACCAGAGCUCAUGGCACGAAGGUGCUCGAGCAUUGGAAGCACUUGCUGAGACGUACUCAAUUCAAAACGCCGAGCCGCAGUUUGGGAUGCCCGAGGAGGCCACAGUGUUCUCGGUCCUGGGCCAGCUGUAUGCCAAGAUGGGUAAGAUCAAAGAGAGUUGUGCUGCUCAUUCUCGGGCACUCGAGCUCGACAGCUAUCUGUGGGAGUCUUUCAAGGCGCUAUGCGACAUGCGCGCGAAUGUAAGAGUUGGGAAGCUAUACAAAACAGCGGCGGGCAGCCCGAAAACCCAGCCCGCGCAGCAGCAUCGCAAUCGCAAAGGCCUCGUCCUCAAGCCUCACACACCGUUCAAGGUGCCUGCUUUUGAUUCCAAAAGGCGGGCGUACCAGGCUCAGCCGGCAUCAGCUAUGCGGCAUAGGCCGCCGGCGCCCACAAGCUCGCUCCUGAAGACAACAAAUGGAGCUGGUGUCACAGCCACCCCCACAUCUUCCUUCUCAAAGUCCAAGCUACUGUCCACACCCCCUUCUCAGUUCUCAAUAUCAGAGAAACCUGUGACUCCCGAAGACAUAGAAAAUAAUCUAGUGAGCGCCCAAGCUCUAGGAUUAGACGCUAUAUUCUAUGCCCUAGCCAAGUCAUACAAAUCUGCAUGCCGAUACGACUGUUACAAGGCGGUUCGCAUUUUGAAUGAGCUUCCACAGCAUAUUUUGACUGCAAUGCCUUGGGUAUUGUCGGCCUUGGGUAAGCUUCAUUUUGAGCUGGUCAAUUACGAAAUGUCUAAGAAAUACUUUGCAGCCCUGAGAGAGCUGCAGCCCUUUAGAAUUCCAGAUAUGGAGAUAUUCUCGACUUUGCUUUGGCACUUGAAUGACACUACAGGGCUUUCCCAUCUGUGCCAUGAAUUGCUUGAGGUUAAUCGCUUAGCGCCAGAAACGUGGUGUUGCAUUGGGAACCUCUUUUCCUUGAAAAAGGACCACGAAGAAUCUAUUAAAGCUUUUCAGAGAAGCACUCAGCUUGACCCUUCAUUUACUUACGCAUACACCUUACAAGGUCAUGAAUAUUCCAGCAAUGACGCGUUUGAUACCGCUAUGACGUGCUACCGGAAGGCGUUAGGUUCAAACCCUCAACAUUACAAUGCACAUUAUGGUCUGGGUAUGUGUUGUUUGAAGCUAGGGCAAUAUGAAGAAUGUCUCUUACAUUUUGAAAAAGCCAGAAGCAUCAAUCCUGUAAAUGUUAUCCUCAUUUGCUGUUGCGGAGUAGCACUCGAGAAGCUAUCGCAUCAAGAAAAAGCAUUGCAGUAUUAUGACUUAGCAUGCGAAUUACAGCCUGUAUCCUCAUUGGCGCUCUUUAAAAGAGCACAGCUGCUGCUUGCAAUGGGUAAAUACAAUUUUGCAUUAGAGAACUUCGAAAAAUUGGUCACAAUAGCACCAGAUGAGGCAACAAUACAUUUUCUACUGGGUCAACUUUACCAGAUAGUUGGAAGAAAACAGGACGCGGUUAAGGAACUAACGAUUGCAAUGAAUUUGGAUCCCAAAGGGAGCCAACUGAUCAAAUCAGCCUUAGAAAAAUGCCACCAACUAGACUAA